CGCCGAAAGUCUUAUGGGAUAGCUCGAUUAGAAACCCAUAUUUUAUUUACCUUUAAAAUUCUCAUUGUUGUUGCCUAUGAGUAUAAAUGUCGACAGCACUUCCUCAUUUUACUUCGGGUUACACGCCGAACACGCCACAGGUAUGUUGAGUAAUACUUAUUCUCAAUUUGCGAGUUCAACAAUGUAAAAAUUAUAUGCGAACAUGUUUAAAGUCGGCCGAAAGACCUGCACAGUCCCAGGGUUGCUAAUCGAACGAAACCGAAACAAAAAUCAAUCGAACCCAGUCGGUCGGAUUGUUGUUCGAUCGUUCUAGUAUAAAUGUGAAGCAGUUUUCAAUUAACAUGGAGUUAACUAAAAUUUUUAUUGUUAAAGCGAUUCAAAAUCGAUAAAAUUAACAACUUUAUUGCUUUUUUGUCUUGAUAAGAUAACAGGAAGUGCUUAACGACGGUAACACCUUCACAGCUGGACCGCUAUCUCCCCUUUUCUUCACAACAGGCGGCCCAGACUCUGUGGCAGUUCGUUAGACUUUGAAUUCAUAUGAGAAUAUAUGAAAGUAAACAAACUACGUGCAAAAACGUCUAAACCAUUGUUCCAUUUUAGUGAAAUCCAACUAGUGGUCUAUUAUCAAUGCUGCAUUCUGAUUGGUUGAGCUACUACUAGGCUAUAUGUUAUAGCCCACUAGUAGCGAAAAGUGCUGGCUUUUUGGUGGCAAACAAGGAUUAAAGUCUAGCUUUAACUAGCUUAAGUUGUUUUGUCUCGAUAAGCUACUGACUCAGAGUGCAUCUGAGCUCGAGAACUAAUUGCUAAUUAUUUCAGUAAGUUGCAAGGCACCACUAGGUGCUGCUGGGUUAGGGGUACAGUCCUUAGAUGUCACACACCAUGUUAACGUAGGAGUAAAAUUCCCAGGAUUGACAUACUCACCUGCUAUUAAUACUUUGUUUAUCAGGUACCAAGGCCUUAUAAAAGGCCUUAUUGGUGCAUGGAUUGCUCACCUUCAUCUUCAGAAUCUUGUUGGUCAGGAUUUACCUUUUCUGAAGGACACCAUGAGAUAAUUGCUUCUCUAAUGAAAUGCUCAAAUACAGAGGAACAAGGAAAUGCAGACUUUAAGAAAUGCUUGGACAAGCAUUUGGCUAAAAAAUGGCUUCACUCUAGCUGCGUUCCCUCCAAAAAGGGCAAACCUCGCUUCCCAUUAAUACAUUGGGUAUGUAUUCUUGGAAAGUACAGAGUCUUGGAGUAUCUUGUCAAAGAGAAAGGAUUUGACUUGUCAAAGAAAAUAGGUCGAAACAAGGACGGGCCUUUGCAUUCUAUGAUUCGCUAUCUUGGCAGUAGCCUGAAUCCAAGAAGUUCUUCUGAGUAUGUUGGAAACAUUUUUCUUAACAUCUUUGCCAUAUUCCUGAAGUAUAUGCCUGAAGUGUUGUCAGAAAAAGAUGUGAAAUCACACGACACUUUGCUGCAUUUCUUGGCAAGACGUUGCAACAUGAACCCUUGUUCUCGACUAUACUUGAAUGUUCUGUUGGUUAAGAUCAAAGAGACAUCUUGCAUACCUCCAGAAAAAAAGGAUGAAAUCUUAUCAGCAGCAAACAAGAGGGGGGACACAUUUCUCCACCUCAUUGUUUCAGAUGACAGUUCUGCUAACACUGUUUUGUAUUUCGUUGAGAACUUUGGAAUAACUGCUCAGAGAUUGUCGAAAACCUGGAACACUCUUCACAAGACACCACGUCAAAUUGCAGUUGAAAGAAGGUGUCUUGCAAUGCUAAGGGCGUUAGGAGCACCAGAUGCAGUGUUUAAUAGUUUAUCCAGAGGUUUAAUAACACAUAAAGAGGAAUAA